AUGGUUUAUUCCACCGUGAAGCACCUCAAAACGGGUCACAGUGCGUCGCUUCAGUGCACUGUGUGCUUGAGCGAGUUCAAGGACAUGGACAAGCUCAGACUUUUGCCAAAGUGCAGUCACGUGUUUCACCCCGAGUGCAUCGACGCGUGGCUCGCCUCGCACGUGACUUGUCCUGUCUGCAGGGCCAAGAUGAAGUCGGAAAACAUGGAGUUCAAGGUGGAGAUUCAGGAGUUAGAGGGAAGUGCCAACCAUAUGUUCGAUGAAAUGUCUGAGAGAAUGGGUGAGGUUUCUUGUGAUGGGAACGAAGGUGGGGUUGGUGAGGGAGAUGAUGGGGUUUUUGGGGAGUGUCAUGGGACCUCAAAGGUGAGAGCUUUUGGGUUGUUGGUGAGUUCCCACUCUACGGGUCACUCUCUUGUGGAACCGGGGAAGAGCUUGGAGUGGUUCACUUUGCGAUUGCCUGAGGAAUUGAGGAAGCAGAUUCUGGAAGCCAAUCAUAAGUGUAGUGGUGGUAGUGGUGGGAUGAAGCGUUCGACAAGCUACGACGUCGUUUUGCAGAGUGAAGUUGGUGAAGGUAGUAGUAGUAAUAAGGGGAGUAAGAAUAGUAGGUGGGUGUUGUCUAUGACACCUCCGUUUGUUUCUCGCAGUUGGGGUCAUUUUAGUACUUCUUUUAGUUUGGCACCGUCAAAUGAGUGCUCAACAUGCUCUGGGAUUCCUAGGCUUUGGGGUUCUUCAGCGGCAAGGGAAGAGAAAGGAUGUGAAGGGAGAGAGGGUUUGCAACUGGUAUGAUGAAAAUU